GUGCCUCCGCUCCCGUGGGCUGCGCACCGCUUCCACGCCCUCCUCCUCCUCCUCCCCCGGCUGGGCGCCUGGCACCGGGGACCGUUGCCUGACGCGCGAGGCCCAGCUCCACUUUUCGCCCUGCGUCUCCUCCUCGCGCUGGUCUCCCAACUCCUACCCCAGCUCCCUCGCCCUCUCGCUCCGCUCCGCUCGCGAGCCCCCGGCCCCGCGCCCGCCACUCUCCCCCGGUCCCAGAGGUGGGAGCGCGUCGGCCCCGGCCCGCACCAUGGCCCGGUUCGGCUUGCCCGCGCUUCUCUGCACCCUGGCCGUGCUCUGCGCCGCGCUGCUGGCUGCCGAGCCCAAGUCGAAAAGUUGCUCGGAAGUGCGACGGCUCUACGUGUCCAAAGGUUUCAACAAGAACGAUGCCCCCACGCACGAGAUCAACGGUGAUCAUUUGAAGAUCUGUCCCCAGGGCUAUACCUGCUGCUCUCAGGAGAUGGAGGAGAAAUAUAGCCUGCAAAGUAAAGAUGAUUUCAAAAGUGUGGUCAGCGAACAGUGCAAUCACUUGCAGGCCAUCUUUGCUUCCCGUUACAAGAAGUUUGACGCAAAUUAUUAUGUUUUGGUUGAUAUUGGACCUAACUGGUAUGGAUUUUGGAAUUUAAAUUAUAUCUGCCAUCCUUACAAGGGCUCUGAGGCAAAAGGCAUAGUCAGUCCCACAGCGCAGUGUGCCGAGGCCUUGCUGAAGAUGCUUUACUGCUCCCACUGCCAGGGGCUCGUGAGUGUGAAGCCGUGUUACAACUACUGCUCGAACAUCAUGAGAGGCUGUCUGGCCAACCAAGGGGAUCUCGAGUUUGAAUGGAACAAUUUCAUAGAUGCGAUGCUGAUGGUGGCGGAGAGGCUUGAGGGUCCUUUCAACAUCGAAUCGGUCAUGGAUCCCAUCGAUGUGAAGAUUUCCGAUGCUAUAAUGAAUAUGCAGGAGAAUAGUGUGCAAGUGUCUCAGAAGAAACCUAACAGCUUACGUGAAGAAGAAUUUGUCAUUUGUGAUUCUAGAACCGGCAUGAAAAUAGAUGUUGGUGAUGCUAUGCAAAAUUCUGCUUGCCCUUUGGUGUCUGCAGAAUACGUCCACUUGCAGAGCUAA